AUGUGGCGUGCUCUAGGGACGCCUCUGCGUGCUUCGACUAGGGCCCUAGUCGUUCGCGGGGCCCCAGGAGGACUAACGAUCCUGGGAACAACGGUUAGCGAGAAUCUGGGCAUUGGCUGGUGCACGAGAGGGUCUGUUCGAGCCUUUACAAAGGCCAUCCCGCCAGUUCGCAACCAGCGGUCUCGGCACAGCUCCGAGUGGAUCACACGGCACAUCACAGACACCUACGUGCAGCGCGCGCAAGAGUGUGACUACCGAAGCCGCUCUGCUUUCAAACUUGAGCAGCUUGACGACGAGUAUCUUUUUCUAAGGAAGGAUCGUAUUGUUCUUGACCUAGGUUGCUAUCCUGGUGGGUGGUGCCAAGUGGCCGCCAAGCGAUGUCUCGUAGGGCAUGAAGGCGCAAAUUGGGCGAACGGCGGCGCCUUAACACCCUCUUCUUCCCGUGUAAUCGGCGUAGACAUUGCCCACAUGGACCCAAUACCCAAUGUCCAAUUCAUCCACGGCAGAGUCGGCGAAUCUACAACGCUCCAGGCCGUGCUGCAAGAGCUCGGGGACCAAAAGGCCGAUGUUGUACUCAGCGACAUGGCCCCCGCAUGCACGGGCAUCAGGCACGACGACCAUUUUAAUUCGAUUGAACUCUGCCUCUACGCUGCUGACCUCAUGGAACAGGUGCUAUGCCUAGGAGGCACGUUCGUCGUAAAGAUGUUCAUGGGCAGCGAGUCUGGGAAGUACAAGGCAUAUCUUCGUAGUAGAUUUGAUAGUGUUUCCUCCGCCAAACCGCGGGCGUGCCGACAAGAAUCCAGGGAAAUGUAUUUUGUCUGCACCGGUUUCAAGGGCCGAGACAAGAUGUCUGGAGAAGUCCAAAUCAAAGGAUCAUUUUCUUCACGGGAAGGAUAUGCCUAG